ACGAAGUUGGCUAGCUCGCGUGGUCGAGCGCCACUACCUCCGCCACAGUUGCGCGGGUUCUAUGGGGAGGGCAUAGGGGACAGCAAAAUAAAAAAAAAAAUAAAAAAGUGCAAUUAAUAAAAAAUAAAUAAAGUAAAUAAAACAAACAAAAAAUUGCUUGCUUUUGGAAACAGAAAUUUUACUGCCAGAAAACAAGUUUCUGAGACCGAGCAUGGAGGAGGAAGACGGAGCAAAGAGAAAGAGAGAAGUAGAAGCACAAGUCCUUGAGAAGGUCGGAGAAGUAAUCUCCGGCAUAAACAAGGCCAAACACGUCGACCAAGUCAUUUGCGCGCUUCACUCCAUCGCUAACCUCCUUUUUCCUCUCGAUGCCUCUCUUCUCUCAGGUAGUAUUGAUAAGCGGUGCAGAGAGCAGGUACUUAGUGCCAAUGUUCCCACAGCAGAUGAGAGAAAAGAGUGGUGGCAGGCAUUCUACAGAGGAGCUGCAUUUCCUUCAAUUGCUCGCGUCCUUUUGCGUGAUGUUGCUUCCAAUUGGCUUGCUUGUUUCCCCUUUUCGGCUUGUAAACAUGUCUAUGAUGUGUUUUUCGUCAAUGGGCUUGCAUCUGAGGUUGUUCGGACCUUAGUUCCUUGUCUACAGCAGAGUGGAAGUGAUGAUGUUGAUGUUAAUGCUAUCAACUCCAAUGCUGAAAGGUUACUCGUACUCUGCUUGCUUGAAAAUGAUGGGGUGCUCCAGAUGGCAAAGGAAUUUGGUGGUUCUGGCCAUUCUGAAAACUCUUCCCGCGAAUAUUUCAAGCCAGCUUUAUCUAGGGUAGCACAGAUUGUCACAUCUGUACCUGACAAAGCACGAUUAAGAGCCCCAGCCUCACUUUCAUCACAUUUGUUCUUCAAACAGAUUACCAUACAGCUUCUUUCUCUAGCAGAAGAAAGCAAUAUGAAUCUAUUGAAUAAAGGAGCCAUUUCAGAUAAAAAUGACAUGGAUGGUACCUUGUUAUUUGUUGGUGAAAUAUUUGCACGUAUCUGUCGACGUGGAUCUGUAGAUGUGCUAUUAAGCGAAAUAACCCCAAGGAUCAUUACACAUGUCCAGAGCUUAUUAUCAUCAACUGUUAAUCUACUUCUCUCUGAUGAUUUUGAGUCGAAUCCUAGUUCUCAAUUUUGGUUGAAUCUAAUGCAAACAAUCAAAGAUUCAUAUGCUGUAGAAAGAAUGUCUGAGCAGCUUUUGCAGAACCUUGCAACUGGAUCUGCAAGUGAUGUUGAAGCUUACUGGAUUCUUUGGUUACUUUUUCGUCGAAUUUUUGAACAUCAGCCUUCAAUAAGGUCCAUGUUUGUUGACAAAUUUUUACUUUGGAAAGUAUUUCCUGUUCGUAGCCUGCGAUGGAUCCUUCAAUUUUCUGUGCUUGAAUGCCCACCUGUUGCAAAUUCACUUUCAAAAGGUCAUAAGACCCGCAAUUUCUUGGAGACCUUGCAGCGUCUGGUAGCUGUCUGGUCUAAAAGGGAAUUUGUGCAAACAGCCACCAUGGAGCAGCAAACUUAUGUAUCUGCAGCCGUUGGCCUAUCCCUGGAGAUGAUGUCUAAAGAGGAACUAGAUGAGGCUAAGGAUGUGAUGCACUCGAUUCUUCAAGGAGUCGGCUGUAGGUUGGAGAGCCCUAAUCAUUUAGUUCGAAAAAUGGCCAGCAAUGUUGCUUUAGUGUUCUCUAGAGUUAUUGAUCCACAUAAUCCUCUAUACCUUGAUGACAGCUGCAUUGGGGAGACUAUUGACUGGGAGUUGGGGUUGAUUAACUCUAAGGAAGGGACUCUGGGAACCACUGAUUCUUCCGAGAAAGCUAUUGAUGUUAAAACAUCUGCUACCAUAAUGCUGGAAAAGGACUUGAACUACACAGCAGAUGAUGGGACAGGCACUAAAUUUAAGAGUAAAACUAAGAAAGUAUCUGAAUAUAAGUUUGUUGAUCCAGAUGAGAUUAUUGAUCCAGUUACUCUAAACUAUGAAUCAAUCUCUGACAAAGAUGACAAUGAUAAUGAUAGUGAGAAUUCAGAUACCUCGAGUGACUCCUCUUUACAACCAUAUGACUUGUCUGAUGAUGACACAGAUUUAAAGAGAAACUUUUCACAUUUAGUUGAUGUAGUUGGGGCAUUACGGAAACCUGAUGAUGCUGAAGGGGUGGAGAAGGCUCUAGAUGUUGCUGAAAAACUUGUGCGAGCAUCACCUGAUGAACUGAGGCAUGUAGCAAGUGAUCUUGUCCGUACUCUUGUACAGGUUCGUUGCUCUGAUUUGGCUGUAGAAGGUGAGGAAGAAUCAGCCGAAGACAAGAGGCAAAAAACAUUGGUUGUUCUGCUUGCCACAUGUCCUUUUGAAUCCCUUGAAACUUUAAAUAAACUACUAUAUUCACCUAAUGUUGAUAUCAGUCAACGGAUAAUGAUACUCGAUGUCAUGACCAAUGCUGCUCAGGAGCUUGCUUAUGCUAAAACUCUGAAACCAAAACAUCAGACCAGGGCCCUCAUAUCAACCUUAUCAGAGACACAAGCCUGGUUUUUGCCUAGUGACAUAGGGCCUCCAGGAGCUGGUUCCUGGAAAGAGAUUUCAGAAACAGGAACUUUACUAAACUGGUCAAAUCGUUACGAGAGGGAACUUCCUUCAAAACCUGGUCAGAUCAAAAAAGGAAAAACACGCAGAUGGAACCUACGAACAUCAAAUAUGCAAAACAAUCAAAUAGAGUGGUCUCAAAAUAAGUUUCCAAUGUAUGCAGCAGCAUUUAUGCUGCCUGCCAUGCAUGGCUUUGAUAAGAAAAGGCAUGGUGUUGACUUGCUUGAUAGAGAUUUUAUUGUCUUAGGGAAACUCAUCUACAUGCUUGGUGUUUGUAUCAAAUGCGCGGCCAUGCAUCCAGAAGCAUCUUCAUUGGCCCCUUCUCUUCUUGAUAUGCUUAGCUCAAGGGCCAUAUGCCAUCACAAAGAAGCCUAUGUUAGAAGAGCAGUCCUUUUCGCAGCUUCAUGCAUAUUGGUGUCUCUACAUCCCUCUUCUGUAGCAUCUUCCUUAGUUGAAGGAAAUCUUGAAAUUUCUAAAGGGCUUGAAUGGAUUCGCAGUUGGGCUCUUCAUGUGGCUGAAUCAGACACAGAUAGAGAAUGCUAUACGAUGGCUAUGACAUGUCUCCAACUUCAUGCCGAGAUGGCCCUCCAAGCUUCAAGAUCGCUAGAGGCAUUAGAAAGUACAUCCAAGGUAGAAAAUAUUGGUCUUCCUUCCCAUCUAUCCAAGGGAACCAUUAAAAUCCCCUUCUCUAGUGGAACAAUUUUAUAAAUUGAAUAUUUACCCCAAAAAAAAUUGACAAAUUGAUCGUGGUCUUAAAAAGGAAAUCCAUUACUUGUGAGCUCUUUUGUACAGACCAUAGCCUCGUUGUCUAGGUUUUGUGUUUUCCUUUCCAUUUUCUUUUUUCCAUGUUCAGUUUUUUGGGCACAUUGGAAGGUGGCCCUCAUUCAUGUCCAUGUAUAUUUAUUGUUGUGUUGUAUCCGAUAGCAAGUGGGACAUUAGCCCAACACUGUUAUCUUCU